AGAAAAAGAGGUAAAUAUUUGUAUAAACAGUGAAUAGAACUUAUAAAAUAGGGGUCUUUAAUAUUCUAGGAAGGAAUUCUCAUGGCUGUUAUCAAGGAAAUGCGAGAGAACAGCCUCCUCUACGAUAUCUCCAAUAAAAAAUAUCAGCUGCGCCACAGAGGAGCCCUAGAAGCCUCUGCAGAAAAGCUCAAAAUAAGCGUCAAAUUACUGGACCAAAAAAUACAUUACAUUAAGAGAAAAUUUAAUGAAUCCCAUAAGGAGGUAAGAAAGCAGAAGAUUUUGAAAGGUCGAAGUGGUGAUGGCAUUGACGAUUUAUCUGAAAGUGACGAAGCAUCUUCAACCGAGGAUUGCAAAAAACCCUGGAAGUGGUACAAAGCAUGCGACUUUUUGAAAAGCACGAUGAAUGUGAACAAAAACAUGAAGGAUUCUGCAAUUAAGAGGAAGAUUACCAAUAAUAAAGACUCAAAGACGAUAAAAUUUGACUUAAAAUCUUUUGCUUAUACCGAGUAUAAAGUGCCCGCAAAGAAAUCAAAAUGUGAGUCAAGCGAAGAACCCUCUACAUCUGAAAAAGAGAAAUGCUUGUCUUUAGUGCCAUCAUCAGAAUCCUUUCAAUUAACACCUAAAGUCGAUGAUCAGAAUUCAAAUGAACUUCCUGAUCCAAUUUCGCAAGUUCCAGAAACAGCAUCCCCGGAAUUUGUUUCCAUUGAUGCAAAUUCAGAUCUUUAUCCAAUACGUCUAAGAUCAACAAGUUUUCCGAUGACUGAAGAAAGAACCAAAAAAGAUGUAGCAAUUCAGAACCGAGGUUUACCCAUGGGUGAUCCUCUCUCUCCAGUAGCAGCAGACAUUGUCAUGGAUUUAGCAUUAAAAACCAUCACAGAUCGUCUGGACUACCCCCUUGUGUGCUUGACUAAGUAUGUCGAUGACAUAUUCUGUCUCAUACCCAAGGAUAAGGUAGAUGCAACAUUGGAAGUGUUCAAUGGGUUUCAUCCCUCACUACAAUUUACAGUAGAGGUUGAAAAAGAUGGUGGCUUGCCCUAUUUGGACACCUUCAUAAUUCGAAAAUGUGAAUGCGGAAAGGCGUACAUAGGAAAAACGGAACAACGCCUGGAGAGAAGGAUGCAACAACACAAAACCAGCAUACACAAGGAGAGAGAGGAGACAGCACUGGUGUCCCAUGCAAGAGAGAAUCAGCAUGAGUUCGAUUUUGAUGGUGUCGAGAUUUUAGAUCAAUCAACACAUCAUAACAAAUUGAUAACACUGGAGAUGCUCCAUAUAAAUAUACACAGACAUUCAUCGGUGAACAAGAACAGCGAUACAGCUGAACUUGGGACUUCAUACGCUGCAAUUAUUCAAACCCUAAAAACCAGAAUAUAG